CGCCCGCCGGCUCCACCCCGGCCCUGAGGACGGGGCUUCGGUCGGCCUCCCGCCGCUCUUGGGACUUCUCCGCUCCCUUCGCCGCCAUGGAGGAGCCGCGGCUCGUCGGCAGCGUCAACUGCGAGCCGCGGGGAUGGUACUUGUCGGCGCAGGAGCUGGAGGACGGAGCGCCGCUCCUGCCGCCGCCGCCGCCCCCGGGCAGGACAUUUUUCAACCAGACAUCGUCUGGUGCUUCCUUUGGCUUCUCGGUAUUUAAUUUAAUGAAUGCUAUCAUGGGCAGUGGGAUACUUGGAUUGGCAUAUGCCAUGGCCAAGACAGGAAUCCUUGGAUUUAGUGUGUUGCUGCUGAUUGUUGCCAUCCUUGCAUCGUAUUCUGUAUUUCUCCUGCUUACUAUGUGCAUUCAUACGGCUGUUACUUCUUAUGAAGAUCUCGGUCUCUUCGCAUUUGGCUCACCUGGAAAGGUUCUUGUGGCCAGCACAAUCGUUAUACAGAAUGUCGGAGCCAUGUCAACCUAUCUUCUCAUUGUUAAGUCCGAACUUCCUGGGGCCAUUGAAGGAUUCCUUAGCGGAGACCACAGCGGCUCCUGGUAUCUCGAUGGAAGAUUGCUUCUGCUUCUUACCUCAGUUUGCAUUGUCUUCCCUCUAGCACUUCUUCCUAAAAUUGGCUUUCUUGGCUACACAAGUAGUUUAUCAUUUUUCUUUAUGGUGUACUUUGCUCUUGUGGUCAUAAUUAAAAAGUGGUCCAUUCCUUGCCCUCUGCCACCAAAGCUUGCUGUGGGGUUCUCCCAGGUCUCAAAUUCUACUGAAGAUUGUAAAGCAGCGCUGUUUAACUUUUCCGCAGAGAGUGCAUAUGCCAUUCCAACGAUGGCUUUCUCAUUUCUCUGCCAUACAUCAGUAUUGCCAAUUUAUUGCGAGCUCCAAAGUCCAUCCAAAAGCAGGAUGCAGAAGGUAGCCAACACUGGGAUUAGCCUGAGCUUUCUGGUUUAUUUUGUGUCAGCGCUAUUUGGAUACCUCACUUUUUAUGACCACGUGGACUCAGAAUUGCUGCAAGGAUACAGCACGUACCUGCCCCAUGACACUGUAAUCAUGACUGUAAAACUGGGCAUCCUCUUUGCGGUGGUGCUGACGGUGCCCCUAAUCCACUUCCCUGCGAGGAAGGCUGUGAUGAUGGUAUUUUUUUCACAUCUUCCUUUCUCCCUGAUGUGCCACAUCCUCGUCACUUUGGCACUCAAUGCGACAGUUUUCUUGAUUGCCAUGUAUGUGCCUGACAUCAGACACCUUUUUGGAGUGGUUGGCUCAACCACAUCCACCUGCUUGCUCUUUGUAUACCCUGGGCUGUUUUAUCUGAAGAUUAGCACAGAGGAUUUUAUAUCGAGACAAAAGCUUGGGGCAUGUGCACUGCUAGUUCUUGGCCUCUUGUUUGGUAUUGUCAGUUUAGUACUGAUCAUUUAUGAUUGGAUUCAUCAGUGAAAUAAUCCCUGCCACCUUCGCAGCAGCCCAAAUGAUCAUUUCCGGCUACGUCUAAAGCAAAAUCACUCAAGUUGGAUGCCAUAAAGAGACUGCCUGGGGCUUUGAAAACCAUCACAAACCAAACUCCCGACCAAUUAUCUCUUCAUUCACCAAAGCAGCCUUUGUGGUCCUGCAAACUUAUGCUGGAGCUAGAGAAGAUGGAGGAUUUCCACAGUUCUUCCUCACUCCCAUUUUUUUUAAUAUUUUAAUUCCUGCAUGCAGUAGCUAAUGAAAUCAAGCAAGGAAACUCGGAGCCCAAUGGCAUUGUGUUAACAUUGCCUAGAUCUGGUCUUAGGCGCAUAAUGGGACCUAGUGGAGAUUACAACAUGUGAAGAUCAUUUGUGAAUUGCUCCUUGCCAAUUAGUGAAUAAUCAUGUGUCUUGUGUCAAAAUGUGGAAUCGUUAUUACUAAAAUCCAGCAAGACAGGUGGUCUUCUCAGAAGGUUGGUUGAAAAUUGCUGAAAUCUUUCUACACCUGUUACUGUCAGUUUCACAGAAACAGCUUGCAAAGGCUCCCCGGCCUUCUUCCAGAGUGCUUAGAUUUGCAGAUCAAAACCAGGCCCGGUAUAAGUUUGAUUAAAGCCUGCCAUAUGAGACAAUUUACAGUUCAACAGAGGAGUAAAAUAUGAUGGUGAAAUUACUGUGCCUUGCCAAUGUGUCCUGACUUCAUAACUGAACUGUAAAAUAUGUGUCGUUUUAUACUUCAGUGCAAUUAAUGAUAAAGAUCCCAUCUUAUGAAUCAUCCUUAAUGUCAAUACAGACCUAUUUCAAACCAUGUGUAUUAAAUUGACACGGUACAGUCCCUGUAGUGGUUAAGAGCGGUAGACUCUUAAUUUGGGGAACUGGGUUCGCGUCUCCGCUCCUCCACAUGCAGCUGCUGGGUGACCUUGGGCUAGUCACACUUCUCUGAAGUCUCUCAGCCCCACUCACCUCACAGAGUGUUUGUUGUGGGGGAGGAAGGGAAAGGAGAAUGUUAGCCGCUUUGAGACUCCUUCGGGUAGUGAUAAAGCGGGAUAUCAAAUCCAAACUACUACUACUACUACUCUUCUUCUUCUUCUUCUUCUUCUUCUUCUUCUUCUUCUUCUUCUUCUUCUUCUUCUUCCUUCUUCUUCUUCUUCCUUCUUCUUCUUCUUCUUCUUCUUCUUCUUCUUCUUCUUCUUCUUCUUCUUCUUCUUCUUCUUCUUCUUCUUCAGCACUUCAGAAUUCACAAAUAACUAGAUUUUUUUGGGGGGGGAGGUGAUACCUCUAGUUUCUCAAUACCUCCCUGCUUUUGAAAAUAUUACACAUCUAGGAGAAGGUGGUUCAGGGAUUGGGGUGGUGGAGAAGAAAGCAGGAUUAGAAGCUUUCUGCAGCAGAGGAAGGCAACCAAGAUGAUCAAGGGCCUGGAAACCAAGCCUUAUUAGGAAUGCUCAAUGGAGCUGGGUAUGUUUAGUCUGGAAAAGAGACUGAGAUGAGAUAGGAUAACCAUCUUCAACUAUCUGAAGGGCUGUCACAUGGAAGAUGGAGCAAGCUUGUUUUUUCUUACUCUGGAGGGUACCAGUAGUAGUUGGCGUCAAGGAGAUUCCAACUAAACAUCAGGAAAAACUUACUGACAGUUAAGCAGAGGUUGGAUGGUCAUUUAAAUGACCCCUGGCGUCGCUUCCAACUUGUAUGUUUCUAUAUGAAGGGGUCUCUUUCAAGUGGGAGCACUUUCAAGCAAGACAAUUGGACGGUAUCCAGAAGAUCAGCCAGCUUGAAUCGGCGCUGUCUAGAUCUUGUGGGAGCUGCGAUCUGAAACAUUUAGAGGACAUCAGUUUGGGGGAGGCUGGUCUAUUGCAAAACCUUGAAGUGACUGCAUCACUUCAAAACCUUCCAAGUUUGAUUUGGUCCAAACACCGCUUUCAUUGAAGUUUAGAAAACUAGGGACUAGGAAUAUAGAAAGUUGCCUUAUGCUGAGUCAGAUCAUCUAGCGCAGUAGUGUCUACACUGACUGGCAGCAGCUCUCCAGAGUUUCAGGACAGGAGUUUGUCUCAGCCCUAUCUGGAGACGCCAGGGAUGGAAUCGGCUGAAAUUGCAUAGCCCAAAAUGGAAUAUGUAUUUUGAGUCAGUUUUAAAGAAGAGAACAGAAGGAACUGUGUUAAGGGAGAAUCGGGUGCCAUUGGAGAAAGCAAUGUAGUGGCUGGGAGAAUAUUUUAUUAAAAUAGAGACCAAGCAGCCAUCCUGCACCUCAAAGCAAGAGAAAGGGGAAAGAAUCGCCUGAGAAUUAGUGUUCCUAAUACUUUUAUUCAUUAAAAUAUUUUUAUUCUUCCUUUUGUGCCAAAGGGCCUUCAUGGUGGGUAACAAAAAGAAAUGCAGCAAUUGAAGACAGCAAACUUAAAAAAAUUAAGCAGCAACCAUCAAAUAAGCAGCAAAGCCAAAAUCACAAGAGGGAGAUGAAGGGUAGCCUAAUGACGAAUGGGAACAAAGUCUCCUCCACAGUCAGAAGGCUUAAAAAGACUUGGAAGAAUAUACAACUUGCCCCCCUCCCCUAGAAAGCUAGCAGCGAAAAGCUUUUCAUAUACAUUAUCUCAAUAAUCCUUACAGCAAUUCUGUAAGGUAGGUCAGAAGUAUUGUCCUGCCACUGCUCAUACCUGCAUGAAAUGAAUGUGGUUGGCUCCAAAAUAUUGUAGCCAAUAUUGGAUAAAAUUGGUAUUGUUAUGAUGAGGCUGCUAUGGGAACAAUAUUGGAAAAUCAAUAAAAACACACUCUUCUCUCUCUCUCUCUCUCUCUCUCUCUCUCUCUCUCUCUCUCUCUCUCUCUCUCUCUCUCUAUAUAUAUAUAUAUAUAUAUAUAUACACACACAGUAUAUAGUGGCCAUGAGUGUUCCAGAGGGCAGGAGAAUAUUGCCUCUUAUUUUGAGUUAUGAAAAGCAUUAAUUAACAAUGUCACAAACGUGGGAAAACUUAUCUUGAUUUGUAAACACCACUCCUAUUUACAGUGUUUAUGCCAGGGGGAGAACCUCCAGAUUAGCUUUGCUGCGAACACUUCUGGGCAAAGCCAAUAUUAUUCAUGGAGUAGAAACAACAACAUUUCCCCCUCUCCACCCCCCCCCCGAAAUCGUCCCAAGGGAUGGUUUGUAUUUUAAACCGAGAGAGCCUUUCAUCUGUCUUGAAAACCGUAUGCUCAAAGGAAGCGAGUUUCUCCAGAAAAUAGGAGCUUAACAUGAAAUUAUGACAUUAAACCUUAUACUGGAAUGGCAAGAAUUCAGAGUGCGGAGUUCCUCAUUAUUUCCAGAUGGAUGGAAGGAGUUUAAUUUUGGCUGAGAGCUUACAAAAGCAUCCCUGCCUCCGGAGCACUCCUGCCUGCGUGCUGGAACUUCCUGCCAAAAGCACAAAAAAACCCUCGAUGCCCCAAGGUCUUCUGUGAGGUUUCUCCAUUCCAAGUUGGACGACCUUUUGCUUCCCUUACAGGACUUGCACUGUCUGUCAAUAGGUGCACCUCUCCUUGAGGACUUGGCAUGCACAAGAUCUAGCCAUGGGCUAAAAGCACUUUUAAAAUAGACUGGAGACCUGCCUCGGAUUUGGCAGCCUAGCUGGAAGCCAGCACUUCAGACCCACAGCAGCUCUCCUUCUCCCCUUGCCUCCACCACUCCUGUUCACAAAAAAAUAUUAAAAGGAACAUUAACAUUGUCAAUAAAAGACAGGUGUUAAAAACCAAACUAUAAUUAAAAUAAACAGUAAGCUAAAAACAUUCAAGUUACAUGUCAACUCCUACAUGUCUGGAUAAGGCUGGCCUGAACAGAAAUGUUAUUAGCAGCUGUCAGAAACUGUACAAGCGAUGGUAAAUGGCUGGUGUCACUAGGCAAGAAGUUCCAAAGUUCCAAACCGAUUUAAGGUUUCGUUGCAACCAAGCAGUGCGUGCUUUGUUUUCUCGCAUACACGCCCUAUUAAAAAAAAUACUUCGCUGGCGUGAAAGCCAACUCACAUGCGCUAGAUAGAAUAAAGCAUAGUCUUAAGCGCUCACUUUGUAGCCGUGACAAGUGGUCUUCAUCCCCCCUUCCUUUCCCAGGAUCUCUUAAUUCUCCAGAUUCACAGGCUUAGCUCUGCAGUUAUUCUCAGCUGUCUUGGUCUGUACGAUGAAAAUCCUAAAUAGAUAACAUGGCAAAAACGCACCUUGUGCAAAAAGCGAAGACAGCUGUAAAUCAAUUAUUACUUGUUGCCUUAUCCCCCCAGGGCAUGAUGAGGCAUCCCCCUUUUUUCUGAAGUUCCUGGAAAUUUUCCUUCUGUGUUUUUUUUAAUUUCCAAAAAAGGAUCAGAUCUGUCCAC